GCCCCGGCUCCGAUCCCGGCCCGGCUCGGGCGGCCCGGGGCGGGGAUGCCGUGACCGAGACGCGGGCGGCGCGGAGCGGGAGCAUGCUCACUCCUGCAUCCGUCCCUGCAUCCCUUCCUGCAUCCCUUCCUGCAUCCGUUCUUGCAUCCAUCGCUGCAUCCAUCCCUGCAUCCGUUCUUGCAUCUAUUCCUGGAUCUAUUCCUGCAUCUACCCUUGCAUCCAUCGCUGCAACUGUCCUGUAUGCAUUCCUGCAUCCAUCACUGCCUCCAUUCCUGGAUCUAUCCUUGCUUCCAUCACUGCAUCCAUCCCUGGAUCUAACCCUGCAUCUAUUCCUGCUUCUAUUCCCUGCAUCCAUCACUGCAUUCAUUCCUGCACCCAUUCCUGCAUCUAUUCCUGCAUCUAUUCCUGGAUCCAUUCCUGCAUCCAUUCCUGGAUCUAUUCCCUGCAUCUAAUCCUGCAUCUAAUUCUGCAUCUAUUCCCUGCAUCCAUCCCUGCCUCCCUCCUGCAUCCCUCCCUCCCCUCAUCCCUCCCUGCAUCCAUUCCUGGAUCUUUUCCCGCAUCCCUCCCUCAUCCCGCGGUCCCGCUCUGUCCCUGCGGGCCGGGGCUGGCCCAGGGCCCCGAGCAGAGCCCCGGCUCUCCCCGAAUUUGUCCCGGGGGGUUUGGAGGCAGGAGGAGCCGCGGGAGGAGGCAGCGAUCGCCCCGCAGCAGCCUCGGGGAAGGCCUCUCCCAGAAGAGACAGGGAUGGAGUCCCUGGGGAGCCCCACGGAGGACGAGACCACGUCCUCUCCCCCCAACACCCUGAACUUCAACGGGGCCCAUCGGAAGAGGAAGACCCUGGUGGCACCCGAGAUCAACAUUUCCCUGGACCAGAGCGAGGGCUCCAUCCUCUCCGACGACUUCCUGGACACCCCAGACGACCUGGACAUCAACGUGGACGACAUCGAGACCCCUGACGAGACGGAUUCCCUCGAGUUCCUGGGCAACGGCAACGAGCUGGAAUGGGAAGAUGACACCCCGGUGGCCACGGCCAAGAACAUGCCAGGGGACAGCGCAGACCUGUUUGGGGACGGGGGCACCGAGGAUGGCAGUGCCACCAACGGGCGCCUCUGGAGAACCGUCAUCAUCGGCGAGCAGGAGCACAGGAUCGACCUGCAGAUGAUCAAACCCUACAUGAGGGUGGUGACGCACGGAGGAUACUACGGAGAAGGUCUGAACGCCAUCAUCGUCUUUGCUGCCUGCUACCUCCCCGACAGCAACCUGGCAGAUUAUCACUACAUCAUGGAGAACCUCUUCCUGUAUGUGAUCAGCAGCCUGGAGCUGCUGGUGGCUGAGGAUUACAUGAUCGUGUACCUGAACGGGGCCACGCCGCGCAGGAGGAUGCCAGGCCUGGGCUGGCUCAAGAAGUGCUACCAGAUGAUCGACAGAAGGCUGAGGAAGAACCUCAAGGCCCUGAUCAUCGUGCACCCCUCGUGGUUCAUCAGGACUGUCCUGGCCGUCUCCAGGCCCUUCAUCAGUGUGAAGUUCAUCAACAAGAUCCAGUACGUGCACAGCCUGGAGGAGCUGGAGCAGCUCAUCCCCAUGGAGCACGUGCAGAUCCCAGAGUGUGUCCUGCAAUAUGAAGAAGAGAGGAUCAAGGCCAGGAAAGAAAGGGCAGAGGAGAAACAAGACAUGGCUGAGAGGGAAAGCAUGCCCAUGCCCCCAGCAGAGGAUCAGGAGACCAGCAUGUCCUGAGUGGGAGCAGCACCGAGGAUGGAGCAGAAGGAGCAGCCUGGAGUCACCACCUCAACAAGGACCUCUGGGGACAAGAGCUUGCCACCACCUUCCUCCAAGCCCCGUAAAUCCUGGAGCCUGCCUCCUCUGCCUCCAAAGUCCUUUCACCUCUUGGGAAUCACUUUCCUUUUUUUUAAAAAUAGAAAAGAAAAAGAAGAACAAAAACCAAACAAACCCCCCCAGAAAACGAAGCAGGAGCAGCACUUUACAGGACAGGUUCUGGUGUGUUUGGGGAAUGGUCUGUGGAGAGCAUUGCACAGCGCAGAUACUCACUGUGUAUCCUUGGAGUAAGUCAAGAGCAUCCUCCAGCCCAUGAAUCUCCAGCCCAGAGAGAGAAUUUAUUUUGGUUUCGAUGAUAAAACCUUCCCUUCACUCGCUGCUGGCCAGCACGGAGCACCCCAGGCUCCUCCAGGACACCCCAAAAGCUGAGAACAACCACACAGGCAAUGGCAAGAGCUUUCCCCCCCUUUCUCCAGCCAGUGUGAGUUUCUUCCAGAAGAUUCCGAAGUGCAGCACUGCCAGCUCCCACCGUUCCUCUGGAACUCAUUCCCAGCAGGAAAUCUCGUGGUUUUUCCUGGUUUUUCCUGGUUUUUUCCUGAUUUAUCCCACCCAGGAGCAUGAGGCACUCUGCAGGGAUCCCACAGAACCUUCUCCUGAGGGCACACACCCCAAAGGGGUUUGGAAGGAGUUUUCCAUGAUAAGGAAAUUCUCCAGGCCCUGUUUUGGUCUCCACUGGACAAUCACUCACUGCUGAUGCUGCUGAAGUGUUGGGAGGUUCCCUGAGGAGGGAAAGGCUCCUCCAGCACAGUAAAUUCCACACAAAAUUCCACAUUCCAGCCUGGGAUUGCCCCAUGGAGGGUGCAGGACACGGGGGUGGAUGCUGGAACCCAGAGGUGCAGGUGGGACUUGGACUCUUGGGAUUCGGGAUUUGGGGACUCGUGAGGGUUCUGUGAGCAAAGGAAGGGGGAAAAGAAAUGAAGGAGCAUUCAAAAUUCAUUGGAAAUUCCUGAUUUCAGAGGCACAGCCA